GAGCCCAUCUUUGUAAUUCGUUCACAUAAAUUUUCAAUUUUGUUUUCUUUUUUUCAAGUUAAAUUUUUGCAAAUUCCUUUCACUGUAAACUUACAAUUUCCAUUUCCCCCCCCUUCGUUCUCGGCAACCUCCAAUCCGUCGACUCCUUUUUGAGCGAGGGAGGAUUUGGCGAUGGAUAGACAAGCGCAGAGAAAGGCGCUGUUCCGAUCGAAGCUGAGAGAGUCUUCCCAAAAUCGAGACAAGCGCAUCGAUUCUCCUCUUGUGAGGUACAACGAAAACGACCAGCCUGUUUGUAGAGUAUGCAAUGUCCUCUUGAAAUCUGAGUCAUUGUGGCCUGCACACCAAGCUUCCCGGAAGCAUCAUGAGGCUAUUGAAAAUGUCAAAGCUGCUGCCGUAGGAAUAACUCAAUCAAAUAAAGUCAAUGCAGAAAAACCAGCAGACUUGCCCAAAGCCCGGCCAUCACCCACGCUGCCUUCAAACUUCUUUGAUAAUCGGGAGACAAAAAGGCAAAAGGAUGAGCAUCAUUUGAAGGUUUCAGAAUCUGGGGUGAAAACUAGUAGCCCAGCCAACGAUAAUCUGGUUGGUAUGGUUAGAAAUGAAAAUAAACCAUCAAACUUACUUGGUAAAAGAUCAAAGAUGAUGGAUUAUGCAGAUGGACCUUUUCAGGAAAGCUCUUUUAUUAACAGUGAAAGUGUUAAAAGUCAGCCUUCCAACAAAAUCACUGGAGCACCAAAAAAAUUAGAAGUCAAACAAGUAAAGGAAGCACUUCCUGAUGGCUUUUUUGAUGACAAAGAAAGGGAUGAAAGUAUAAAGUUAAAUGACAUCCCUGAACCAUCCGGACAGUCGCAUGGUUUGGAGUCCACGAAAGGUGAAAGACCACUGCCUGAAGGUUUUUUCGACGACAAAGAGAGAGACCAACGAGCUCGUGGCAUUGAACCUGUUAAGGUUGACGUUAAUGAUGCAUACAAAGAAUUUGAGAAGGAAAUCCAAGAUGACUUGCAGGGUGUAGAUGACCGUCUUGAAGAGGAAGAGAUCGAUGCUGCAAAGGUUAGGGCAGAGUUCGAGUCACUGGAACAGCAGGCAUACAGAGAGAACGUGGAAAUGAUGAAAAGGCAAUUCAUGGAGGUAAAAGCUGCACAGGUUGCUAGAGGGAAGAAAAGCCCAGCAUUCAAGGGUAAGGAGUCGAGCGAUGAGUCCUCCAGUGAUGACGACGAUGAGAACUUUGCAGUUGACUGGAGAGCAAAACAUUUCUAGAACAAUGAAUAUAUGUUGCUCAGUGGACGAGUCCAGAGGUAUUCCUGGGGUGAAGGAUAUAUUAUUCCAGCCAGAUAAGUCCCGAUUACUUAAUAUGAUUUUAGGCUUCGGUUCUCAUCUUAAUUCUCCAAGUGAGAGUACUCUUGUUAAAUUGUCUUUGAGCAAACAGAAAUUGUAAGUAUUUCUUUUGCCUAUGAACUGUAAAGGCAGCACGUUAUAUUUAGCUGAAAAGGUGUACGCUACAUUGUUUUUUCGCCUUCUUCCAGCUUCUUGGUUUGCAAGCGUUGUCAGCUCCUCUUAAUUUGUUCAGUGUUGAAUGGUC